CAGAAAUGUUUACUUACAAUAAAAGAACACAUAGACAUUACAUAACAUGAUCGUUUUAUCAACAUUUAUAAAUUUAUAAAAAAAUUUAUUCCUGAUAUCCAGCAUUAAUUCAAUUCGGAAAAUUAUGUUUACAAUUCUUUCAAUUCUGCUCAUUUCUAGUUAUAAUGCCUACAACUGAUUGUGGAAAUAAUCACAAUUAUGGUAUUAAAUUCCAAUCAAAUACAUUUUUACACAUAAGAUUAAUUCAUAUUUUAUUCGAUAGUAAUUAUAUUAUUCAAUAUAUCUAUUUACUGAUAUUAUUAGUGACAGAAAUUAAUUGCAGUAAACAAUUAGGUGUAAAUACAUCAAUGACGUCGAAUCAAUUGUCACAAUCAAUACAUCAGUAUCCUGUGCAUAAUACACUUCACAGAAAUGAUGAUAUGUUAAUGCCUGAUAAUGAUCCUUUAUCCCUGACGUCAUCAUCAUCAUCAGCAACAACAACGACACUACAGCUUGCAUUUAUUGUCACUGAAGAAGUCCCAAUUGGUACGAUAGUAGGCAAUAUACUGAAUAAAUUACAUUUACAGAAUCCUAAUUGGUUAAUAACAAACACACUGAGUCAUAGUAACAGUAACAGUAAUAAAAACAAUAAUAAUGGGAAUAAUAAGAAAAACAAUCAAUUUAUUAAUUUAAAACCAAUUCCGUAUAUUAGUUUAAAUCAAACGACCGGUGAUCUGCUUGUACGUACACGUAUUGAUCGUGAAUCAUUGUGUGAUACUAUGGGAACAUGUUGUCAUACUGAUAGACAAACUGACUUUCAAUUAUGGUCAAAUUAUAAGCUGGAUAUAAGUAAUCAUGAUAAAUUAACUGGACAAUUGUCAUUGAUUUCACCAAAUUGUGUACUACGUAUGCUUGUACUUCUUCAGUUAGAUAAGGAACAAUUUCUGGAAAUUGUUAUUUAUGUAUUAGAUAUUAAUGACAAUACACCAAGAUGGGUACAAUCAGUGAUUGAGUUAGAGAUACCAGAACAUGUAGCUAUAGGGACAAGUUAUCAGUUGCCUGAAGCGAUAGAUCCUGAUCAAGGACCAAUGCAUACAGUGAUAGCCUAUGAGCUGCAAAAUAAACCAUUGAAAGAGGAUGAUACUGGUCAUACUGCUCCAAGCCAUUCGAAUAGAAAUGUAGUCACAAAACAACCAUUCAGUUUAGAUGUACAUGCUUUAGAAAAUUCCAAUGCUGAAAUGCAAAAGUUUUCAUUGAGACUGCGUGUUGAAGAGGAUUUAGACAGAGAAAGCCAAUCAUCCUAUGAAAUGAUUCUAUAUGCAAUUGAUGGCGGUGAUACUUCUAGUGAGAUACAUAGUGGUAAUAGACCAUUGUCUAAUCCAGUGAAUAAGCAUACAGGAUCAGUGCUAAUUCGUGUACUAUUGAUGGAUAAAAAUGAUAAUCCGCCAGUGUUCAAGAAUCCUCAGCCAGUUGUAAUUAUUCCAGAGAAUACUAAACCAGGGACUGUUAUCUAUCAGGUGUCAGCCAGUGACUUGGAUUCUGCUGAUCAUGAUUCUCUAGUCUACAAGAUUGGACCAUCAGCCAGCCCUGAAGUUCAGCGAUGUUUUAGACUGAAUUCAAAAACUGGAGAGCUGAUGCUUAUUAUGCCAUUGAGUUAUCAAAAUGCUAGUUUGCUGCCAGCACAGGAUAAUUCAAAUGUAAAUAUGAAUUUAAAUAGUAGGAUGGAUAUUACAACUACUACUACCUCUACAGGUUCACAAAUGGGUCAUAUUAUACCUAUUCAAGUCAGUGAUCAAAUACAUAUCACACAAAUGUUGUUAAAAGUGGUUCUACGCAAGAUUAAUAUGAAUCCACCAACCAUACAUGUUGCCUCUCAUCUACGCUUAUCAUCAAGAGGUAAUCAAAUAUGGAUAGCUGAAGAUACUCAGCCUGGAUCUCUUGUCGCUAUGAUUAAUGUAAUCGACCCGGAUGAACUUAUACCACAAGCUGCUAGAACAAAUCAAAUGUUAGGCAAUUUUCAAAAGUCUGAAUGUCGAAGUAAACACGAACUGUUUGAUAUUGUACCAUUGCAUACAGCGACUAAUUCUGAUUUUAGGAUUUUAUUGAAAAAAUCACUGGAUCGUGAAACAAAAUCAUCACAUACAGUAAAAAUUGAAUGUUGGGAUUCUGGAGAACCCCCGUUGACCGCUGAAACCAGUAUUCUAAUACAAGUGGAUGAUGUGAACGAUUCACCACCGGUGUUUGAACGUCAAUUCUACUUUGCUAAACUGAAAGAAGGUCUUGACGCGUCAACGACUAUUAUACAGGUACGUGCUACUGAUGCUGAUUUAGGCAAAAAUGCUGAGAUUGUAUAUCGAUUAGUCAGUCAAGAGUAUACACCAGCUACACCUUUACCAGAAUCAAUGUGCUCUUCAAUGAAUACAGUACACUUUGAUAAUAAUUUAAUAAUGAUUAAUGAAAACACUGGAGAGUUGAUCAGUCAAAUAUCUUUAGAUCGUGAAAGUAUAUCAUCGAUUAAUUGUACAAUUGAAGCAAUCAAUCGAAAUCAGUUGUAUGUGGAUAAUGAAAAUCAAAAAUCGUCUGAGUAUAAAACAUCAACACAAGUUAUUAUAACUAUUGAGGAUGUUAAUGAUUGUAAACCAGUUUUCAAUGAAUCAUCCUAUGAGUUCACAGUUGUUGAAGGUCAGAAAUCUCAUCAUCAAAUUGGUCGGGUGCAUGCAAUUGACUGCGACGCAGAAUUAUCCAAUCGUAUGAUAAGAUACAGUAUGCGACCAUCACCAGGUGCAGGUGGUAAUCUAGUGAAGUUAUACGUUUACAUCAGUUUUGAAGGGAUUAUCUAUACACAUCAGACAACAGACAGAGAACAAACACCUGUACUCACUUUUGAAGUGAUUGCUACUGACACUGGAAAUCCUCCAUUAUCAGCUGUAGCAAGUGUUCUUAUCCGUAUUCUCGAUACUAAUGACAAUGCACCUGUAUGGAUAUUUCCAAAACAAUUUGGUGCAAAUAGUGUUAUAAAUAUUUCACAAUAUUCAACUGUUGGCCUACUAAUUGCUCAACUGAAAGCAAUCGAUUUAGAUGAAGGUUUAAACGGUGAAGUGGUCUAUUCUAUUGUACAUGGAAAUGAUGAUGGUCUAUUCGAGGUGGAUCCAAUGAGUGGAGCACUUUACCUAGUUCGUUCAUUUCAUCAUUUAGCACAGACAAUGAACUUGAAGUCAAUACCAAGAGAAGAAUUCAAUACGAGUGGAUUAUUACAGUCUGGAGAAUCAGUAGAAGUAUUAAGCAAACUCCACGAACAGAUAUAUAGUUAUAGACUAUUGUUGAAAGCACAGGAUCGUGGAACACCUCCUCGGCAUAAUACAACAGUCUUGUAUGUAGCUGUACUACCAUCGCAAAUAGAUAAACAACCCUUGACGGAUCGUAAUUCCAUCGAAUCAAUGUAUCAUCAUUCUGAUUUAAAACGUCAGGCUGAAUUAGGCUUACCUGAUUUAAGAAGAAUGGAUCGUGAUUUAAUUGUUAUGGUUGUGUUGAUCGCAUUAACUUUAAUUAUUUCAAUAAUUUUAAUUAUGGCGAUAUUUUUGAUCCGGUGUAAAAGUCUACUGUGUAUUCUUCCAUUUCGUCGGUCAAAUCGUCGACCGAAUCAUCAUCAUCAACAUUCACAUCAAAGAAGCAACAAUGCUAGUAAUAUUAAUAAUAAUGGUAGUAAUAAUACUGAUAAUAACCUUCACUUAACACUAGAGAAUAAUUCUCUUCAGUCGAAUAAUAUUCGUGAUCAAUUGUGGAGUAAAUCAUGGAAGGGGAAAACGCUUCCAGCAGAUUAUUGUAUAAAUAAAAGUGGAGAUCUACUGUCUACAUCUUGUCAAGAUGUAUAUAAAGCCGCUACACUGGAACACUGUCCAGAGUUCAAUUUACUUCGUUGUGUACAGAAUACAGCAUCAAAUUCACCGUGUGAUCAUAUCCUAUUAAAAGAUUCUACUUAUCGAACUAUAGAUACAGCAGAUACAUUUAAACACAGUAGCAGUCCACAACCGUGUAAUUCUUCCUCAACAUUCAGUACAAAUAAUUCCACUAAACAAUAAUAAUAGCAACAAUGUUAAUAAUAAUAAUAAUAACAUGAAUCCAAAUCACAAAUAUAAUACAAUUUCAGCAUUACACAAUCCUAUUGCACCUGGUGGUGCUUAUAUUAUUGAAAUGAACUCACAAAAUCGUGAAAGUCCAUACACUCUGUUGAAAGCAACAGAUCUAUCAGGAUUAAAUAAAGAAUUUAUUUAUCAACCGUUAUGUUCAACCUCGGGAUUAUUACAUAGACAAUGUUGUAUAACACCAAUUAUGUAUGAACAUGAAGAUAAUAAUAAUAUAAUAGUAAUAUCAAACUGGUCUAUGCGUUGUAAAUACAUGCUCUUCUACAUCACCUAAUAAAACAGCUACUUUACAAAGACAAGUACAUUUAACAAAUUUAAAUUCACCACAAUUUAAUGAAAGGAAAAGAAAAAUGAAAACAAUUCAUUAAAACAAAAUUCACAUACACGCACACACGCAUAAGAAAUACAAAUACAUAAUGCAUUUGUUGUAAAUUAAAAUGUCUUUGUUUGUGAAGAGAUUGUUAAAAAAGAUAAUUUUUACGAAGUGU